AUCCUGUGCCAGGGCCACACCAGUCUUGUUGGUGGGGUUUGGGUUACAAACUGUGUCCCUCGAAGGGCCUUGGGGACAUGCCAGGAGCAGAGGUGCCCCAGUGUCAGACAGGGAUGGUCUGCUCGGGUCAGUGUCCCCAGACAGCUCUUGGCUGUGACCUGAUGUCAGGAAAAGAGCUGUGAGCUGCAGAUGACCCAGCAAAACGAUGCAGCAUGCAGCCUGAGGGUCUUUGGGAGAGCACAGCUCAUUUUAGGAAAAUUUACAUGUUAUUUCUUCUUGUCCUGAUGUAAGUGGGACUGCAGAAAAAGGAACAAAUGACCCGAGACUGAAUGUCACAGCAGGUGACUGCCCAGUGAGUUUGCUGCAGUGUCACACUGUGCAUGGGAUAAAAACCCAACAGUCUGCUCAUGGGAAAUAGCUGUGAUGGGAAUGUUGCAUCUUAUUCAGAGCAAAACCUGGCUGUUUUGUCUUCAUUGCUUGCAGCUUGGGGUUUCAGCAGUUUCGGGCUGACAGGAAGGAAACCUCUGAGGUGCUUAAACUAACCAACCAAACAGAACUAAACCAGCCAAAUGCUGUGUUUGUGUUCCUAAAAUGUCCAGUCAGAACCUGAUUUCAUCAUUCUGUGGAAGAUAAAAACGUGUUGAACAUCAAAUCUAAGUUAUGGCAUAUUGUUCGAAAUUUUCCGGGAAGAACUGGUGCAUGGUGACUUUCCAGAUGCCGUGGGUCAGUGUUUUAUGUGUGGAAAAUGAGUUAAACCUUUCCAGUGCACAGAUCCUUAAAUGGUUUCUGUCACCAGUCUUCAUCCACCUGACUGUCUGUGGUUCUCUGUGCUUGUCAGGCAGUUCUGUCUGACUGCUGCUGAUGGUGUUUGUCCCUUGGGUUUAGCUGUGCAAGUGUUGCUGGUUUGAGGCAGAUCAGAUCUGUAAAUCUGCACUGUGGCUUCAGGAAACAGGACAGUGAAGGUGAAGGGGAAGAAAGGUGUCUGAAUACCAAUGAAUGAGCUGUGAUGGAUAACAAGGACUCAGAAGCUGAGAUCCACCCUCUGAAGACUGAGGAUGUAAAAGCUCAGGAGAACCAUGAAAACUUUGUGGAGAGGAGGAUUAUCAAGUCCUCGGGGCUGUCCCGGCUGUCCCGAUGGCGCACUGCUGCCUUCUUCAUCUCCCUGUUCCUCUGCCUGAUCAUUGUGUUUGCUUUCUCCUUUAUCAUUCCCUGCCCAGAGAGGCCAGUUUCGGAAAGAACAUGGUUCCAAUACUUCAACAAUGCAGUGCCCUACCAGUUCCUUGUUUUAGAAGAUGUGAAUGAAGACAAAGUACGAGAUGUGCUCUUUGCUUUCAAAUCCAGCAAUGGCAGCAGCAGCUUCAACAUGUCCUGUCUGGAUGAAGGGCUGCCGUCUCCCUGUGCCUUCAUUGCUGCCAUGUCAGGCACGAACGGCAGCGUGCUCUGGGAGAGCCCUGCUGCGAAGGACGUGCAGUGGCUGCAGUGUGGCAUCCAGCAGCUGGGCAUGGCAGGGACCCCGGGCUGCCUCGUGGUGGAGAAUCCACUGUCCCUUACAGCAGUCGACCUGCAGACAGGGGCAGUUCUAUGGAGGCAGUCCAGUGACUUUGGAGCUAAUUAUACUGUGCUGACUCCUUUGUCAGUGAUUCCAGAUAUGGAUAAUGAUGGAGUUGAGGACCUGAUAAUGUUUAUUACUAAAGGAGGCCAGGUGAAGACCUUCAUCCAUUCAGGAAAAACUGGCCAGCAGAUUGGCUCCACUGGCAGCCUGAGCGUGGAUGGCAACGCUCGCUACAUCAGACUGCACCUGCACUCCUCCUCCUACUUCCUUUUCUACACAGAGAACUCUCUGUAUGCAUAUUCCCUGCAAGAUCUGUGCAGUGCAGCACUUGGGAUGGAAGUUAAGCUUCCCAACUUCCAGCCGGAUCCUUACUGGGAGAAGCACAUUGACCAUACCACACACCGCGCAUCCCUUCUCAGAUUUAGAGACAUUCACUACCUGGCAAAAGUUCCUGAGCACUCAAAGGACAGCAUCUUGGUGGUGGACUCAGAGAUGGCUACACUGAUCAACACAAAAGAUCUCCGCACUGUCUGGACCCUCAACGUGUCCCGUGCUUUGAGGGAGCCACUGUCUGGUUACUACAAACCUGAUGUCCACAGUAUUGUCCUGGAGAGUGAAAUUGGACCCAACAGGAAGAAGGUUAUGAUUGUUGAGAGUGGAUCUGGAGCAGUCCAGUGGGAGCUGGAGCUGAACUCAGGAGCAGAGGGCCCUGGCCCAGCCACGCUUCCCACUGCGGAUCACCGCUCUGCCUUCCUCUUGUGGGGAGACUACCAGCAGCCAGGCAAUGAGACAAGACACAGAGCUCCUCUCUCAAAGCUGUACCUUUUCCAUCCUUCCUACACUCACGUCCUGUUGGAGCUCCGUGACAGCACAGACCAGAUCAUUGCGUUCACUGCGGCGCUGUUCGAGCGGAGCCAUCACGCCUGCUACGUGCUGCUGCGGGGCCCCCAGCCUGGCAAGGGGCCAGGCCUCGUGUCCCUGAUGAAGAGGAAGCUGAAGGAGGAUGUCUUGGUGAGCAAGGUGAUCUGGCUGCGCCACAUGGACGGGGACAAUGAGCAGCACAUCCGGGACCGCCUCUACAGGAUGCGAUUCCAGAGCCGAGAUUGAACUUGCCGAGGAGUGGGAAGAGGCUGUCUCUGCUCUGCAGCCGUGCUCUCAACAAGCCCAGAGCCUGGAUUCCGAUGGGAAGCUGCUUUUCUUGAUCCACAGAACCAAAGUGUGGUUGGCAGGGAAGCACCCCCAGUGUCUAGGGACCUGCAGGCUGUGGGGGCAGCUGCCAGAGCAUCCGUCCUCAGAGCUGCUGGGACUUCAGUGCUUGGCCACCACUGAAGUGUCAUCAGCUCAGGGAGGAGGGCUUUCUCCUCCCUCCCUCUGUGCCCACAGAACUGUGCUGACUCAGGAGUGUGUCUGGAGGAAAACAUGUACUUGCUGAGAUGCUGGAGUUGAUGAUUUCUGGGAUGUCUGAGAAGUGGAGUUGGAUGUCUGAGAAAUGGA